GGAACUCAUUGCAAAUAUCAAAAUUGGGUGCUCAAGGAAAAGAUAAGUGGAUGUCUUUACCAGACUUGGAUUACGUGAUAGCAACACUAUAUAAUGUCAUAUUGGUGUCGUUGUCUCGUAAUCUGAAUAUGACAUUUUUCCCGCUAAACAAAUCACCAUCGAAAGAGACCUUUGUUCACUCUUUACUAGCAAUUGGAUUUGUUAACGAGAAUCAUUGGGUACAGAUCAAAUUGAAGUCUGACUGUCCUUUGCCACCUACGUCACAAAAAUGGAAAGACUUUUGUAGUGACACAGCAAAGAGUUGGGAAGUAGCUUAUGCAGCACGUAUGAAGCAUUGGAAACACAUUGAUCCAUCAUUUAUCAGAUCAUCUUGUAUUUCAUUAAAUGAAGAUUAGAAUAUGUUGUGUAUCACUGUUUAUGGAUUAUUAUAAUAUCUUGUUUUAUCA